CUGCUUGGAGUCCAGUGGACGGGACGGGCUUGCCUGGGGUAGACCUGCACUGGAUUCAGAGACAUGACAAGAGCUGUGGCUAAGGAAGGAGAGCCCAAUGGGGUCCUUGCAGCUCCCGAAGAGAUAAAACAGGAGGAAAUGGAAGAGAGAGGCCAGUGGAGCAGCAAAAUGGAGUUUGUGCUGUCUGUGGCUGGCGAGAUCAUUGGUCUGGGUAACGUGUGGAGGUUCCCCUACCUCUGCUACAAGAAUGGUGGUGGAGCCUUCCUUAUCCCCUACCUCAUCUUCCUCUUCACCUGUGGGAUCCCUCUGUUCCUCCUGGAGACGGCGCUGGGGCAGUACACCAGCCAGGGAGGAGUCACUGCCUGGAGGAAGAUCUGUCCCAUCUUUGAAGGAAUCGGAUAUGCCUCACAAGUCAUAGAGUGCUAUCUGAAUGUCUACUACAUCGUCAUCCUGUCCUGGGCACUCUUCUACCUGUUCAGCUCCUUCACUGUGGUGCUACCAUGGGCCACCUGUAAUAACCCCUGGAACUCAGAUCUCUGUGUGGACAUUCUGAACCGCUCCAGCCUGGACAAUGGGACCUUGCCUGCAAACGCCACGUCUCCAAUGAUUGAGUUUUGGGAGAAGCGAGUCCUGGGGCUCACGGAUGGUAUUCACAAACUGGGCAGCCUGCGCUGGGAGCUGGCUCUGUGUCUCCUGCUGGCGUGGAUCAUCUGCUACUUCUGCAUCUGGAAAGGGGUCAAGUCCACAGGCAAAGUUGUUUACUUCACUGCCACCUUCCCUUACGUGAUGCUCAUCAUCCUGCUGGUGCGAGGAGUCACGCUGCCAGGUGCUGCCGAGGGGAUCAUCUUCUACCUGAAGCCAGACAUCUCCAGGCUGGCAGACCCACAGGUCUGGAUGGAUGCAGGCACUCAGAUCCUCUUCUCUUAUGCUAUCUGCCAGGGGUGCCUGACAGCUCUGGGCAGCUACAACAAAUACACCAACAACUGUUACAGGGACUGCAUCAUGCUCUGCUUCCUGAACAGUACCACCAGCUUGGUUGCUGGCUUUGCCAUAUUCUCUGUGCUGGGCUUCAUGGCUCGAGAGCAGGGUAUACCCAUUGCAGAAGUGGCUGAAUCAGGUCCUGGCCUGGCUUUCAUAGCGUAUCCAACGGCAGUAACAAUGAUGCCUGUGUCUCAGCUCUGGUCCUGCCUCUUCUUCCUCAUGCUGAUCUUCCUGGGACUGGACAGCCAGUUUGUCUGCGUGGAAAGCAUGGUAACAGCGCUUAUUGACAUGUUCCCGGGAGUGUUACGUAAGAAGGGGCGUCGGGAGCUGCUGAUCCUGGCCAUUGCAGUCAUAUGCUACCUGCUGGGCUUAUUGCUGGUCACUGAGGGUGGGAUGUACAUCUUCCAGCUCUUUGACUACUAUGCUGCCAGUGGCAUAUGCCUGCUCUUCCUGUCCAUUUUUGAGGUCAUCUGUGUAGGAUGGGUGUAUGGUGCCAACCGCUUCUACGACAACAUUGAGGACAUGAUUGGUUUCCGGCCGUGGCCCUUGAUCAAGAUAUGCUGGCUGGUGUUCACCCCGGGCAUGUGCUUGGCUGUCUUCCUGUUUUCCCUGAUCAAGUACACACCCUUGAAAUACAACAAUUCCUACGUAUACCCAGCCUGGGGCUACGUGGUCGGCUGGCUGAUGGCACUGUCCUCCAUGGUCUGCAUUCCUGUCUACGCCAUCUUCAUCCUCCUGAAAACCAAAGGACCCCUGAAGCAGAGGUUAACUCAGCUGAUUUCCCCAGCGGAGGACCUGCUGCAGCCAAAGAAGCAUGUGGCUCGGCUGUCUGAACUGAGGUGCCAGGGAUGGUCCCCUCCAGUCCAGAAGGUGCUCAGCACUACAGAGAGAGAAACCAACUUCUAAAGCACUGGGGAUGUCUCCUCCAUACCUUGAACUGAUUCGCUCUCUCAUUCCUGAGGUGGUUUCUUUUCUCUCCUUCAUGUCCAAGACAGAAGCAUCUGGGACAUCCUCUCCUUCCAGCCAGCCAGUUGCACCCACGGGGGACAGCGUUUGUUUUGACACCCUAUGAGCAACUCUUCCUGUCAGCAGAUGAGGAGACAGCAACACGCUUUUGUUGGAAAUGUCCUCCAGUACUGGCACUGGUGGGGAAGAGAGAAACAACGUGUUCACAAAGAAAGAGAAGUUAAAAAAAAUAGGCAGUCGUGUUGGCAGGAGGAAAGGAAACCACAUUGGUGAGAGAGAGAAGAUAAAAAAGGUGUGCAGGAGUAAAGUUAGGGAUGCAAAGGCACAAAACGAUGGGGUGUUAGUGCCAGGAAUAAGUAAGUUGUUUCAGAAGUACAUAAGAACCUGGACGAUGACAAAGGAAAGUGCAUUGCUAGGUCACCUACAUACAAGGGAGAAGGAGCCAGGAACAUAUCAUAAGCAAUGAUAAAAGGAAGCUGCAGUGUUAGUAGUUGUGGCUUCAGUUGUCAUUGAAAGGGAAGAGAAGUGACAGGGUGCUUGAUGCAACCCUAGUUACUGAUGAUGGAUCUCAAGGCAGUCUCAGGCUGGAAAAGGGGUAAGGAAUAACUACCUAAGGGACUUGCUCUUGGUCAAGACUACAUGGCCCAGUGAAACCACAUCAGAGAGUGAAACAGCUGGAUACUUGACGGCGCUUUCAGAAAAUUCCUGGAGUGCAGGAAAAGUCCCAGAGCAGCUGGUAAAAAAAAUGAACUGCAGCACAGCAGGGACAAAUGAGACCCUGGGGACUGCACGCCCACAAAUUUAACUGCACUACAGGGGCAUUUUGUAGAGGAAUUAAUGAAGGAAGCCUGAUUCUGUGCUGCAGAGUAGCUUUGGGAAGAGGGUGGGAGAAGUAUUGUGCUCCCUUGGCUUUGCUGCAGAUGGCUGCUCAGGGGAUAAGAAAGACAUAAUCAGGUGCAAUAAUCAUAAGCUCCAGCAAGAUAAAGCAAUCAUUAAUAGGUAAGAUGAGUUCAUUGAAAGCAGAUUUGUCAAACUAAAGGUCUGUCAUUGCCACUGUAGUCAUGAAUGUGAGGCAAUGGCUGGGAGGGAUUGCACACGGUUGUGGCGUUUGGUGCAGUGCCAGCCUGCUCUGUCCUGUGGAGGCUGGGACUGCAGAACUCCUUGCCAAAACCUGCUUGAUGGUCUAUCUGAAUUUCACAGUUAAAACCACAGGAAAAGCUGGUGGCAGGAUCCCCCAGGAGCUUCACCAUGGUCUAGGUGCGC